ACUUUCCUCAUAUCAUACCAAUAGAACUUGUUUUCUUGCUUCUAUCAUAUUAGUUUCUUCCAAGGAUGGUGCUCAAUGGUAAACUUAGUACUGAACUUGGGAUCAAAGCAUCCGUUGACAAGUUCUACAAUUUCUUUGCAACACAACUUCAUGAAAUGCAAAUCCAUUGUGAAAGAGUUCAUGAAACCAAGCUGCAUCAAGGUGAUGAUUGGCAUCACACUGAUACGGUUAAACAUUGGACUUAUGUCAUAGAUGGCAAGGUACACACAUGUCAUGAGAGUGUUGAAGAAGUUGAUGAAAAGAAUAAAAAACUCAGUUACAAGCUCUUCGGUGGAGAUAUUGGUGAGAACUAUAAGGAUUUUAAACUCAUUAUUGAAAUAAUUGAUAAAAGUGACAGUAGUGCUGCCAUUAAAUGGACUAUUGAAUAUGUGAAGAUCAAUGAGGAUAUUGACGCUCCUAAUGGCUGGAUGGACUACGUUGCUAAACUUACUAGAGAUAUUGAUGCUCAUCUUGUCAAGGCAUAGCUCCAUAAGCCAUAUAUUAAAGAAAUAAACAAUAAGUAGUAAUGGCUUAAUGCAUGGGGUUGAUUAGGGAUAUAAUUGAGAGCUAAACUGCAUUUUUUGCCUCCUAAAUUUUAAAAUAUUGCGAUUAUGGUCCCCUAAUAAAAAAAAAUGGCAAAAGUAAAAGUUGCGAUUAUGACCUCUUUUUUGAGACACGUGGUAUCUUUUCAACAAUUUUGGAACGAAAGGGGUCAAAGUUACCAUUUUUUAAUAGGAGGUCAAAAUCGGAACAUUUUAAAACUUAAAGGCGAAAAGUGUAUUUUAGCCUAUAAUUAAGUGUUCUUCUUUAUAUAAGUAAUUUGAUGUUUGUAAUUGCAUGUUUCAUAUGCAUAUAUUAUUGGCUUGUGAUUUUUCGUUUGUAUGGAAUAAAUGUGUCGAUUGAAGAUUGUCUCUUAAAUUAUAUGAUGCAAAUUAAUAAAUGGAAA